UGGGAAUGUGGUUGCGGUGUAUUUUACCCGAAAGAUUUUAUUUUCUUUGGAUGUAACGCGACAAGAAAUCGGCUAGCGCUUGCACUAAUACAAGAUCGUCAUGUCGACAGGCCACUUGGAGGACAGCACGUACAGUAGCACGAGUGAGGGAGAGGAAUAUGACAGUGACCGAGAGGCCGCUGAAGAUGAUCCAAACAAACUGCUGGGAACGUGGCUGGGACAGUUGCAGCAGAUGGAAAAGGGCUUGGAAAAUGUGCCUACAGGAAAUAAAUUACGUCUGUCCAAUAAGUUGACCAUACCUACUCCAAGGAUGGAUACUUAUAGAUUCUCCAUGGCUAAUAUGGAAGAUAGUCAAGAUGUAGAACUAGAUGCUAUAUUAGGUGAGCUUUGCGCAUUAGAAGACAAGUUAGAUCGUGAAAUGAUGCCUAAGAGCCAGUCCGCCAAUCAAGCCCUCGGGAAUGCUUGGAUGAAUUCAAAAUCUUCAAAUGACGCUGUGCUGUUACAAAACAAUAAUAGGACUCAUGGCGAAAACAAAAUUAACUCUGGUCAUAGUAGAUCUAAUUCUGGUGGAGGAGGUAGUAGGCCUAAGUUUGAACUUGGAGGAAUGCAGGUUGAUAUGUACUGUGAAGACUUUUUGAGGGCUCAGAAAAGUGACCUUGGAAUAAGAACAGAAAGUCCAGAUAAUGAUUCUGCUUUCUCUGACAAUGUGUCCAUGCUGUCUUCAGAAUCUUCAGCUUCUUCUGGUGGUGUCCGUGGUGAGGGACAUUCCAGUCGCAGCAUGUCAUCCCAAAGUAGCUGCAUGUCUCUGGCUUCUUCACCAACACAGGUGGAACAAGCAGCAAGAGUGAAAGCUGAAAAAAUAAAAAUAGCUUUAGAGAAGAUGAAAGAAGCCAGUAUAAAGAAGCUGUUUAUUAAAGCCUUCAGUGCUGACAACAGUGCAAAGAGUUUACUUAUAGAUGAACGAAUGACUGUUGGUCACAUCUGUAAGCUUCUUGCUGAGAAGAAUCACGUACCCAUGGAUCCAAAGUGGGCCUUAGUAGAACAUAUAUCAGAACUAUAUUUAGAACGUGUUUAUGAAGAUCAUGAGCGAGUUGUUGAAAACUUGUUGUUGUGGACUAGAGAUUCUUGUAACCGCCUCUUCUUUUUAGAAAGGGAAGAAAAGUAUGAUCUGUUUAUGAAUCCCCAGAACUAUUUACUUGGAGGUUCAUCCUCAGAGAAGCAUGCAGAGCUGGAUGAUGAUGCAAAAACAAUUCUGCUGGAUGAAUUUUUUUCGACUUCCAAUGUCGGAGUGCCUGAGGUAGAAGGAGCUCUUUAUUUAAAAAGUGAUGGAAAGAAAGCCUGGAAAAAGCAUUUCUUUGUACUUCGUGCAUCAGGACUGUAUUAUUGUCCUAAAGGAAAAUCAAAGCUGUCGAAGGAUCUUCUUUGUUUGACUACAUUUGACAUGAAUAAUGUGUAUGUUGGGUUUGGUUGGAAGAAGAAGUAUAAAUCUCCUACAGAAUUUGGCUUUGCCAUUAAGCAUCCUCAAAUACAGACUAAGUCCUCAAAAUACAUCAAGUACUUGUGUGCUGAAGAUGAAUCUUCUCUUAAGCAGUGGGUGAUGGGCAUUCGUAUUGCAAAAUUUGGACUUCAAAUGAAAGAAAAUUAUGACAAUUUACUGCGAGAUAUAGCUGAAGAAGAUUUAGAAAAUUUGGCCAAUGCUCGAAGCUUCUCGGUUUCAUCAGUCGCUAAGUCUUUGAACGGGAGUUCUUCGGCAUCCAGUGGUUGUCAUGAUAUGAGCAGCAUAAACUCAGAGAAAGAUCUCGAUCUGGAUCAACUGGAAGAUGAACCGUUGAUGAACUUUGAAAAACUGCAUAAUCUUCGAGUCAUAAGUCGCCAAGAUUCUAUUAAAUCAAGUAAAUCAAAUGCCAGCAGCAGCAGUGGAUGUCCAUCUGAAAGAUCCAGUACUGGUACCCCUACUGCUGAUCACCUAGUGUUUGAAACAGAUUUCCCCAUGGGUACAAUUAAGAGGAAACCAAGUAUGACUCCAAAGAUUCCUCUUACAAAUACAACACGGAAUCUCGCAAAACAAUGUGGAGAUGAAGGUUCUCAUUUAGACAAUUCUGGUGGUAGUGGCAGCAAUAGCUGUAAUGGCAGCUUAAGCGGAAGUCUUGGAAGGUCCAGCCUGGGAAGAUUUAGCUUGAGACGAUCUCAUACUGAUGAUAGGAUUUCAUUAAGUAGUUUAACAAGGAAAACAGCAAAACAGUUUUUCCAAGUAACUCCUCCAAGUACUCUGCUUCGAGAAGAUUUGCCUCUUCCACCACCACCACCUGAAAUUUCUAACGCUACUGAAUGCAUGAACUUCGAUACUCUUCCCCCUCCACCACCAGAAGCAUUUCGAACAAGUGCAGUGAAUUUAGAAAACCUACCGCCUCCAAAUCUAACAGAUGGCAACGAGGAUUCCAGUUGGCUCAAUGACCCUGAUAUCAAUUCUCUGCUCCCCCCACCUUCAUUACAAAAUGGUGAUUUCAACAAGUCAACAGCCAGCCCUGAAAAUAGUUGCAAAAAUACUAAGUCUUCACCUGCUGUACCCCCGAAGCCACGAAAAGGACUGAGAAGAAGACAAUCUGAGAGUGAUGCAAGAGCCACUCCUCCUCGAUUGUCGGAAAAGCCUAAUGGACUUGUUGUUGUGAGACCCAAGCCUUCAAAACAAAAUCUGAACUUGGACCUUUCACAAACUGAAUGUUAUACAGAUUCUCUUGCUUGGAAACGGAUAACCCCAUCAUCUCCACCCUGUUCACGGAGUGAAAGGACUUCUGUUACAGAUGAGGCUAAAGGUUUUGUUUCUGCCCGUAGUAGACGAACAAGUGCUCCUUGUGGAGGCUCACAAAAACUGCAAAUACAUCCUUCAGUGUCCCCUUCUACUCCUUUAUCUGUCUCUCCCAAGCCAAGUGCUGCUGAUAGAAAAUCUAGGUCACAAUAUAAACCUUCUCCACCGAAACGUAGUGAAAAUACAAAACUUACAUCAGCUUUUACUGCCCCGCAAAGGAGAUCUGCAUCUGCAUCAGCAGCACCUUAUGAUCAAGAAACUUAUCCACCGGAAUCCUUUUUACGCAAUCUGCAGAAAGUGAUGGUACGUAAAUGGAAAGUUGCCCAACAACUCUCAAAUGACAAUAAUGGAUUAUCAUCACAUCAAAUAUUUGGAUUUAGAGAUCCUAACUGUUUACCAUCAACAGAUGCUCCGCAAUUGCAACGCUCACCAUCAUCUCCUUCGUCUAAACAGCAGGAUAAAAAUCGUAUUUCUCGAUCAUCUUCUCACUGUCAUCAACCAUCCAAUGUAGAAAAAUAUAAUAUUGAAGAAUAUGCAUCUGUUGUUAAUUCUAAAAAACAUCCUCCUCCACCUCUGCCAAAGAAAGUUGAUAAAUCAGCUUGGUAAAAGAAGAUAAUGAGUGUGCUCAACUUGGUGCUGUGAAUAUUCUGUCAUAAACAAAUAACUAAAUUUUGAAUACUGUUUUCAUACAUUUUUAAAAAUUUGCAUCUUACUUACUGAUAUCUUGAGUUACAUAAAUAUAUAUAGGCCUAUAUUUAAGGUACUGCAAACUCUUGUGUACUAAAUAAUUCUAAGUGUCCCAAAAGUAAUAAGUUUAUCAAUCUAAAGCUUCACUCAUGUUCUGUUUGGAGGUACUAUAUACAAAACAUAAUGAUUGGGUUCUAGGGUACCCACUUCUUCAGUAAUGUUUUACCUGAAUUUUAAUAACCACUUUAUUUUGAAUCUUCACAAAUUUCUAAAAGAAUGGCACUCUCUUAAAUAUAGGUCUGUACCAGGGGUGAAUUCAUAAACUGCCCCAGCAUUGGAAGGCCAAUUGAAUCUUGAGUCAUGGCCAAUUUUAUGUGAAAAGGAAAUUCACUUUUCCAAAGAGGCAGCACGGAAUGGCGUUCCUUGGCAUCAAAUCACCCCUGAUAUAUGUAUAUGUACACUCUUCAUUGUUUAACUCUAUGUUCCUCUACUUUUAUAAUAUAGAAAUAUGAGUUUAUAUUAAAAGUAAUCAUAUAGAAUAAGUUUCAAUUUGUUCGUUAAUGUUUUGCAUAUCACAAUGACAAAUGUAAUGCAUUGUAUAUUCAUGCGCAUAGUUUUAAUUAAGUUAUUACUGCCAUUCUAAGAAUGAAAUCAAUAUAUUAGGAUAUUUAAAGAUUGUUUUUUACAUAAAACUUUUUAACAUGCUCAUGUAAUACAUUUCUUUUGUUAGCUGGAGUCUAUUUUUGUUUAUGAGAUAGUGUUUCUGGCACAUCCCUCCCCCCCCCCCCCUCAAAAAAGAAAGGAAGAUAAGUCUUAUACAUCAGAAUGAAUAAUUUUUAUUUUAGAACUUUUUCUUUCCAUUAAUAUUUAGUAAUUUGUGAAAGAGCCUAUAAUCGACUACUACUGUUUAAACCCUCAUUCUUAGAUGACAAAUUCCAUCCAAAUAAUUAUGAAGAAAUGGCAUAUUUUUUAUUUAAACAAGCUUUUGGCAAUGUUUUUCUUCUUAUUAAUACAUCAAGGAGGAUUUUCAUAUACAUAUUCGCUUGAAGCUAUUUCAAGUAUAAAAGCAAUUUGAGCAUGUUAUUCUUCUAUUUACAUGAUUACAAGCAAUUCUUGAAAUGUUGCAUUGAUUUGAGAAACAUAGAGACAACUUUUUAAAUUUCAUAUACAGGAGAAAACAAUAACUUAAUUUACAAAUAUGGUUAUAAAAAAUGUACAACUAAAAAAAAAAAAAAAACUUUCCUAAAAACAAUCACUUAAAUUAUGAGUUUCAUUUUAUUCAUAUUAAACAUUUUUUGCUUUUGGUACUCUGUGACACGUCCCAAAUGAGAGCCGUGUGAAAAGCUACAAAAAGGCCUUAAAGCUAUGAGCUUAAUGAAAUGUUUUUUUUUUUUUUUAAUUCCAAAUAUCCAGAAUUUUUCUCAGUACUUUUAUUUGCUGUCUUAGGUUCCUGAACUCAUUACUGUUUCAGCGCACACUAUAAGCAUGUACUUAUUUAUGUAAAUUAUAUGUGCCAAUGUAACAUGAAUGUACUCUGAUGUUGGUGAGAUAUAUUGGCUGGCCCAAUUAUAUUAAAAUGUUGUUUUUGAAAUAUUUCUUGAGAAAGUUAAUCAUGAAAGAAAAUCAUUAAUCAUAGCCUAAAAUUGGUAGAAUGAGCUUAUUAUACAAAAAGGAUUGAAUCCAAAAACUAUGCUUUUUAAAUAUAUUACCUCACUAUGAUGUAUCAGAAAAAUUGCUAAUUCUUUUCAGGUUACCAACAAAAUGGAAGUCAGGAUACUUUUGUUCAAUUGUAAUAGCAUUGACAAUCGGUCAAUAAAUAAAAAUAUUUUACGAAAUUUCAGAAAUACGUAUGUACAGUCCUAAGAUCAACAAUAUAAAAAUUGUUAUGGGUAAAAUGUUGAUUUACUGUAGACAUUGUAUUAUUACUUGUAUAAGUUGUACUGCAAUAAAUUUAUG